UCUCGUGUACAAGACAAGCCAGGAAGAGAUCGGGUUUCCGAGACGCAAAGGGCCGAUCGCCGCUCUCGCUCUUUCGCGAAGGGACAUAGUCGUAGUAGAAGCCGAAGCUUAAGUCCAGAAAAAAACGACGUAGGGGAUGAUUCUCGGUCUUCUCGUAGAGCCCAAAAUGAGGAAGUAAAAAGUACUGAAGAAGUGCCAGCGAAUGGAAAUGAUAUUGUUCCUAAUGAGGAUUUUGAGGGGCCAGAACAUGAGGCGAGUGAAGGGGUGGCACAAGGACGUUCAACAGCAGUCCGAGGCGAUCGUGACUUGGAUUCUGAUUUGGAUGAAGAUUCAUUUGAUGGUCGGCCUCUGGAGCCUAGUACCACUGUAACACGACGUGUUCUUGUGGAUACCCCGCCCCACACGCGGCGAGUCAAGGUUUUGUUAUCUAGUGCAAGCAUCCCUGCGCCAGUCGCCUUACCCACGCUAAAUACCCUUUCCUCUGUGUCUAGUACUGGUCCCACUACAUCAAACAGCAAAGUUGCAAUAACCAAUUCCCUAGGUAGCCUGACUCCUACGAUAACUUCAGUAACAGAGGAAAAAAGUAUGUUUCUUUUUCUUAUAGAUGCCACUAAAAAUUUAAGAAUUGAUUUGUCUAUUUAG